CCUCCUCACUCGCCCAGGAACAAUGGGAGACAUGGCAGCCUCUGCAGACAGCACAGACGCACACACAGCCCACACGUCCCAGCAGAGGCCUUUUCUCUGUGCGGUUGUGUAGGGGAGACCGGCCUCAUUGACGAACAGGAGAGGAUCAAAACCUCCCAGAGACAUCUGUAGUUUGAUCAGAAGAGGCAAAUGUGAAGCUGUGGCCUUUUUUGGGUGCCUUGCAUUUGGCUGUGGACUGGGGAUCAGUCUGUCGGAUGCGCUGACUGGAUCCCAGGGAACACAGCAAGCUCCUUAGUUGUGAAGUUGGAGGACAGUGGAGCUUGACUCGUCUUCUCUAGACUCUGAGGAAGGCUGACAUCACAGAUGAGAACCAUGUCUGGUGAGACAGAGCCCAGGGUGUGUCAGGAGGACUUUGGAUCCGACGAGGGGGAUGUGGAGUCGUACCUGGAGGAGGAGGACAACAGCAGCGAGCUCUUGGACCGACUCAGAGACCUGGAGGCAGAGAACUCGGCUCUGAUGUUGGCCAAUGAAAGUCAAAGAGAGGCGUACGAAAGGUGUCUGGAUGAGGUGGCCAACCAUGUGGUGCAAGCCCUUCUGAACCAAAAGGACCUCCGAGAGGAGUGUAUCAAGCUGAAGAUGCUGGUGUUUGACCUGGAGAGACAGAACAGGGCCCUGUGUGAGCUCUUCCAGCAGAAGCCGUCCAGCCAGUCCAGUGCUCACUACCAGGUGCAGCCAGGACCCCUCCCUGAGUAUAAUAGCCAGCUGCACAAUGACUCUGCCAAGCAGGUGGAGACUGCCCUGACUGAAGCACACGCUAAGGGAAGUGCCUUCCGUCCCCAGCACGCGUCCCCCAGGCCCCGGGGCCCUGCGGCCUCCAUGGAGGCUCUCUCCCCCUUCUUUAAGAAGAAAGCACACAUCCUAGAGGUCCUGCGCAAGAUGGAGGAGACGGACCCGCUCAAGUUCCACCCCUCCUCCGCGGGCCUCUCCUUCUGCGACUACAGCCAGGUGCUCAUGUCCUCCGAGGCGGUGCUGGCUGGCGGGGAGCUGACCGUGCCCUGCCAGUCUCAUCUCCCACACUGCCGAUGCUCCUGCUCCGAGGCCGACAAACAGCCUCACGUCAACGGGGAGGUGGCCUCGGUGGCGUGCGAGGGCUGCCGCACAUGCUCGGCAUCCUGCAGGAAGAGCGUGGAGGGCCACGCCAAGUGCAGCCACGUCUGUAGCCCCGCAAAGGCCGGCUCAGCCCAGAACCCUGCUGCCCACACUGCCACGCCAGGUGAAUGUCACGUCAACAGCACAACAGCCGAGUCGGGUCUCCCCGUAAAACAACCUGCCGCUAAAGAGCACCAGCAACCAGGAGGUCCCUACCUGUCGAUCACAAGCACAGAUCCAAACCCGGCCAAUCCGAGUUUAGAAGACUGCCAGGUGGUGACCGGGUCAAAGUUCAGAGAGACAGACGAAGCACAGAACCCAGAGGAGGACUAUGUGCAGGGGGGUCAUUCAGACGAGGCUCCGUCCCUGCAUCCCAUCCCUGGAGAGGACAGCACGGUACAGGUGACGUACUGUGAGAUGGAAACCAGAGUGCUGACUCGCCACAUCCCGCUGGCCGCCGGCGCCGCGUCGAGCGAGGCGUCAGUCCCGGAGAAGGACGGCUCAGACCUGGAGGCGUCCUGCGGGAGGUCCAACGUCCCGGUCAGCCCCAGCCCCUCCUGCCUCAGUGAGGUCAAAGCUGCUGCUAUUUCCUCCCCCUCCAAGCUGCUUAAGUUCCUGAAGAUCCCCUCCAUGGGCGAGAGGGCCCAGAGCGGCAGCCCCGUGCGGCUCAGCCCCCAGCUCACACGCACCUCCCGCAUCCCCUGCCGCACCAACAACUACGAGGUGUACCACUCGCCGGUCCCCACACGCAGAGCCACCACCACGGAGAGGUGCAGGCAGCCCCCUGCCCCGCCCGCCAGGUCUGAGUCCUACCCGGCCACUCACUCAGCCCCCACCUCCCCUCCCCAGGCAGAGGAGCCCUGCCCCCCCCCGGGUAACUCCAGCCUCCCCAGCCCCAAAGUCAACCGGGCCUCCAGGCUGGGUCCGGCCCCCUCUUCAUCCUCUCCGCGGGCCUCUCAGCGGGUCCCUUACUAUGAAAAUGUCCCUGAACUCUCCGCCUCCAGCCAGCAGGGGGCGCUGGGGAGCUGUGAGAACAGGACCAGCCUGCCUUCUCAAACCAAGCCCGGCGGUGGAGACAGAAAGCUUGUAAAGUCCCUUCCCGAGGGAGGUAUGGUCAGUCCGCCUUAUCAGUGCCCCUCGUCCUCUUCCUCCUCCUCCUCUUCCACGGACUCGUCGUCAGAGCAGGAGGCGGAUGUGGAGAGCCCGGCCUGGCACGGCCAACACAGCCUGCCCAACAACUCUGGCCUCCACAGACCCCAGGGAGGUCACAGUGCUAACUCCACCAGGGCCCCCAACAGAGCCCUGGACACAGAAGAAAGAGACUCGGUCAUUGUGAACACCAACAUCUCCCAGGGUCCUCCUCCUCCCCCCAAGAGGAGUGACCCUUCCUCCAUCCCCAAGAGGCCCGGCGCAGUGAGACAGCCCGUGGAAUCUUGUCACCACACCUUCAAAGACCGACUGGCCGCUCUGGGAAAACUGAGGAGCUCCGAGGAUUUACAAGUGGGUCUGCAGCCGGGCGACGUGGCAGACACCGCGCAGAGUGACGAGAGCUCGGUCGUCAUUGGCGACGAGAGGAGUAGGGCAGCGGGGAAGCCACUGGAUCAUCAUGUGGAGCAGCAGAAACACCCGAAAUACACCGAAUGUCUGGAUGGGAAGCCCAAAGGUCAUUUUCCGGGUGGUGGUUUGAAGCUCCCUGGAGCCUCUCUAUCACAUGACUCAGGGGUCAAACAUCUGCCGUCUGGGCCCUCGGGCGCCAAGCCAGAGCAUGAUGUGGCCUCCUUCAGAGUAGCUGUAGCCAAGACAGACAGCCCUAAGAGUAAACUAGGCCUGCUGUCCCCCAACACAGACACUCCCCAGGUUCUACGCAACAACAUGAAAUGCCCAGGCUCCCUGAACCUCUCUUACAAUAGUAAACCUGGACCUGGGACCCACAGCAGCGUCGGCCCCAGCCCCAGCAAAGUCCCCCCAAAGUCCCCCUCCAAACCCUGCCAAGCGCCGUCCGUCAGAAUGGGUAAACCCUCGGAAGCCCCGCGCUACUCCUCCAAGUCGGAGGAGCGCUCCAAGAUCGGUGGCAACAAGAAGAAGAACCUGGCCUACGGAGACAGCCUCCCUCCUCCUCCCCCCAGACCUCCCACCGACACCGGGGAGGAACCUCCCCCCGUCCCCAGCCCCCAGUCGGCCAUCGAGCAGAAGGUCAUGAAGGGCAUUGAGGAGAACAUGCUCAAGCUGCAGGAGCAGGACCGAGGGGCACAGCCCCCCGAGGUCAAGCAGAAAGCCUCCAACGGCAUCGCCAGCUGGUUCGCCCUGAAGAAGAGCAAGCUGCCGGCGCUGAGCCGCAAGGCGGAGGGCCCCAAGGCCAAGGAGGAGAAGAGGGAGUGGAAGAUCAACAUCCCAUCGGUGGGGAAGGACUCCAGGGUGGCGGCCAGGUGCAAGGAGGGCGUGGAGGGCCUGAAUAUUUCCACGCUGAUGGAGAAGGCGGAGGGCCUGCGGAGGGCGCUGGAGGAGGAGAGGGCCUACGUGGAGAGGUCAGGCAGGGGUCACUCCUGCGAGGUGGUCAUGGAUCAGGCCCAGGGCCAGCUGGCCGUCAUGUACAGGGGAGGGCGCUCCGACAAUUUCAUGCAGCAGUUGCUCAACCGAGUGGAUGGGAAGGAUGUCGUCCCCAGCUUCCCGCAGAGACGUCUGUCGUUCGACUGCAAGUCGUCCAGAGCUGUUUUCAACCAGCAGAGCGACGGCAGCAUCAGCCACACCACCAGCAGAGAGGACAUGGAGAAGGGAUCAGAUUCGAUGAGCAACGUGACCUCAGAUGAGAUUCUAGCGGACCCGGUUCACUCCCAGCACUUUGCAAGCUCUGGGGCCUCCACGUACACCCUGGACAGUGGCAUUGGCACCUUCCCCCUGCCUGACUACAGCAGCGGGGCAGCAGGGAGGAGCCUCUCCAAGGCCAGGGCUGGAGCCGACGGCCAGGCCGCGGGCUCCCCAGGCAGGUCCAACCGCAGGUCCAGGACUCUGGACAGGGACAUGUCCACUCUGGAGGAAUGCUACCCAGCACACAAACAGCUGAUUCCCACCAUCCAGUACGGCUGUGGGCUGGAGGGGAAGAGCCCAUCCCUGAUGCAGACAGCUGGUGUCAUCCAUGAAGAUAAGGAAGCAUAUGGAGCCCACAUGUUCACCCCCCGCUCCAAAACCUGGACCUUCCCCAGCCUGAAGACCCCAGCUGGCCCUGCAGACGUGUACCUGGCCGUGGAGGAGGAGCCAGCCCCCUAUGGAUCUCCCUUCAGAGGGAGUCUUAAGCCCUGUGGCCCAUCUGCUUCUCGUGCUGCCAUGGACCCCAGCAGCCUGCCCGUGCCUGCCCAGACAGGCCUGAGCCGCCGGGGGAAAACUCGCACUCCAAGCGUCCCCGAGAUGAGCCGGGAGGCGGGGCUGGAGCUUUUGAGGGAACGGCCAGAGGAAGCCCUGUCCCCCAGCCGCCCCCAGGUCCUAGAGACCCCAGAGUCGCUCAGUGACUCUCUUUACGACAGCUUGUCUUCCUGCGGCAGCCAGGGAUGAUGGAGGGAAGAUGGAGGCAAGAUGGAGGGAAGAUGGAGGGAAGAUGGAGGGAAGAUGGAGGAGGGACAGAAGCAAGUCUCUACUGUGCUGCUGCUCACCUUAACCCUAAAGGACACAGUAUCAGACUCCCCUGAGGAGUCCCCUCACAAUGCUCUUAGUCUUACCAGUUCCUCUUUCUGUGGACAGUUUAACUGGAAAGAUAGACCUCUCCUCAGGAUAGCUUAUAAAACCCCAAACCAAAACCCAGAGGUUCUACAGACUUAUUCGCUGUUGAUGCUCAGUUAUGGAAUAGAAUGGAAUGGGCAUUGACUGGACACACCCUGUCAGCCACAACAUUUUAUGACAAUUCCGGACUGCCAAAAUGCAUGGGCCCCUUAACUAUCGCACACACAUUGAGUGUAAACAAGUUAAUUAAUGUUCUGACAGUUACUGAUUAUGCCUCAUUCUUUCUCUCUUACUCUGGCCCUUAUAACGAGGGAUCUUACGUACUUUUCUUUUUUAUGAAUUCAACGCAGUUAAUUCCAACUGUUCUCAUUAUCUUUUUAAACAGUAAUGUACUGAAAGAAUAGGAUAAAUAUGACACAUUUCCUUAAUAUGAAGCUCUCAAAAAUGAAUGUUUAUGUCUGUGAUUUUUCAUUGUUGAUUAUACAUCAUUGUACAUCAGUUUUAUUGUAUGAAAAUAAUUUGCUUAUGAGGCUAAACAUAUUUCUCUUUUUACUGCCGAUAAAGGAUGUCUCAUUUGUUUGCCUGUUUAAAUCGUAAUACUUUGAAGGUAAUAUAUACCAGCAAUAAUAUCAUAGAAGAGAAAUGGCUACACAAUCUGAUGAAUAUGUUUUUCUAAUAUUUAUUUAUUUUAUGUGACGUGAAAUGUACAUCAUUUGUGAUUAUCAUUUUGUAACAUUUCUGUGAAAAUGCAGUUCCCUAGCAGAAGUAGGUUAUGUUGAUCUUCGUCAUAUUGUCUCUGUUGUUUGUCCCCCUAGCUAAAAUAUCUGUACCAACGCCAGGUCUUCAACUUUCUCAUUAAAACUGUUGAACUUUCUCAUGCAUUUGAUUAAAUUUACUUUUGAUCUUAAAAUGUAUUCUUGAUUUUAAGUGACUAUAAGCAUCUUAUACAAGUCAAAACCUCAUGAGAAAACCACAAAAAAUUAUUCACUUGCUUUCAACAAGUUUAUUUGAGCAAAUGUAUCAAAUUGCUAGAUUUUUAUAGUACAUCAGGAAAAUAAGUUUCACAUUAUACAGACUUUGAAGGAAAUAAAAUGUCACAUUUGGCAAAUGUCAACCUUUGUAAUUAAAGGAAAUGUAUUCAAUAAAUGUACUUUGAGACCCAUAGAAUGUAGCACUUCUGAUGAAACUUUCCACUGAUAUCUGCCUGGUUUUACUGGCUUUCAAGAGAGAAGACCAAAAAGUGCACUUGGAAAUCUGCUGUGGGGUCAUGGAAGGUGAGGGAGGUCAUGGUUCUGACGAGACACAUGAGUUAUGCAAUGGUACAACUAUUACAAUGCUGCUUGUAAAAA